CUUGCGCUGAUCACUCAUUUUUUUUUCUUUCCAGCCUCCCUCCUUUUGUGACCUACCAUGGCCGGGCAGACUCGAGCCUGCAUUAAACGUCUGCCCAAUGAGACGUUGAAUUCCAGGCGCCGCUCAACGCGACUUCUUCCGCACGUCCCUUUCAAAUUUUAUGAGACGCCCACGCGCAAACAAAAGUCAAAAAAGCGGAAGGCCAAAAAGCUUUUCAAGUCUAUCCGGGUGGAGGAGGUUGAAAAUGACGAUGACUAUUCUCCGGACGCGCCUUCCUCCACAAUGAACAUAUUCUCUGCCGGUGUGCCUUCGGCUACGUCUCCAGGACCUGUACCGGCCGGCGAGCGAGCAACCAUCCCUACGGGCAUGCUCAAGAAUGUCACCAUUCGAAAGAACAUCCAUCCCGGCGCGCCCACAACGGCCACCCACUCUGAUGAUUCGUUUACCCGAGUCCUCCAGAACAACUUAGCAGCGGCCAAGGCGAUGGAACAGGAGGCCGAAUUAUUUGAGGAGGCCCACCGGGGUCUGGAUCCGUUCAACCGACGUCUGAGCAGGAACAGGAUGGCCCAGAAAACCGACAAGGGGAAGAUGAAGAACUCGCGCAUUUCGAUGGAGCCCAAGACGCAGAAGUACCGUAAGCGUGUCAGGGCGCGCAGCCAGUCGGUGAUAGCGAUGCAGUUGGGUAUGGGCCUUCACUUGCCGCGUACGCCCGUCGGUAGUCGCCAGAACACGCCGACCCCAUCGGAUAUAUCGACGAGGGAGAAUACGCCCGUACCCGGUCCGUCAAUGCAUCCUGGGGCACUAGAUUUGCCGCUCGUUCCUACGCGCCAAAACACGCCCCAAGUCGAGGCUGGCCCGUCAGUGUUUCCCGGGUCGUUGAAUAGGAACUUGAACCAGAUCGAGGAGGAAUCGAUGGAUAUGGAUAUCGAGUUUGACCCAUCCAAGUAACUCUGCGGGCGGGAUGUGAUAAUUUGUGGCAUGGGACAAUUUUUAGUAUGGUCCUAUGUAGGCAGGUCCUGCUCUUCGUGGACGUCGCCUUUCCUUUCCAUAUUAUUUCUUUUAUUACUCUCAUUUGCUAAGCAUUUAUGUAUCGCAAAGUUCGCAUCUUUGUAUCGCUAUAUAGAUUCCCAAUCUUAUGAUACUAUCAGUCGAAGUGUCUGUAAUCGUUGUUGGACGCUCC